UUCAGCCGCUCUGGUUUUUAUUUGAGGUGUAGCUUGAGUUGGAUGUAUUGGGGUUCAAUUAAGGCCUGAAAUGUAAUCUUGUAAACUGUUUAGUACAGAAAGCGUGCAAGUUAGUAUGCAAUUAAAGUCAGCUCUGUCAUAUAUCCAGGUGAACGACACGAGUAUCGAGGGUCUGCGUCACGCGGAGGUGGUGGCGCUGAUCAAAGCGGGCAGCAGAGAGACCCGUCUGCUGGUGGUGGAUCCCGACACAGAUGAGCUCUUCAACCGACUGGGAAUCGUGCCCACAUCUAUUCAUCUUAAAGAGGACUGUGUGGACGGGCCAAUCAUAGAGAGUCCUGAAGCGACGUGUUCAACCACACACAGCACUGUAUCUGCUUCACCGGUCCCAGACGCCCACAAGAGCUCUCCACCAAUCAUCAACAUCACACUGACUGACCCACCAAUCAGCAACGGCUCCCCAAGACACCAGAGUCACAGAAGCUCCUCCUCUCGAUCCACAUUAUCAGAGACCAGCGCUGAAAUCAGCAGCUUCGACAGCAGCAACAAG